AUGACCGUAGCCAGCAGCCGCAAUGGGAACCCCUCCACGGGCUCCCUUCAUAGGGCUGAAGAAGUAGACGAUCUCAUCGAUGCUGUGAAGGGUCUCAUUGUCCCCUACAUCAAAGCCGCUGACGAUGCCGCUGCAGAGCGUGCUACCGGCGACAUCGCCCCCAGCUCCUCCGGGGCCAAGAACAACGUUCUUGUGGACUUUCAGAAGCCUCAGGAGCUGGCACAGCGCCUCAAGUUUUCCUUGCCGAAUCAGGGUCAGGGCAAGGAGGGUUUGCUAGAGAUAAUCCAACAGGUCCUGCAGAACAGUGUCAAUACUUGGGACCAGGGGUUCCUUGAUAAACUGUAUGCAAGCACCAAUGCGGUCGGUGUUGUGUCAGACUUGGUUCUAUCCGUUCUAAACACCAAUCUACAUGUCUUCCAGGUCUCCCCCGCCCUCACAGUGAUUGAGAAGGCCACAACAAAGACACUGGCGCACUUAUUUGGCUUUGUCGGGUCACGGGCAGGCGGCAUCUCGUGCCAGGGCGGAAGCUCCUCAAACUUGACUUCUCUCGUUGUUGCUCGCAACACAUUGUUCCCCGAAUGCAGAACCUCUGGCAACGGUAAGCACGAUUUCGUCGUCUUUACAAGUGCCCAUGGUCACUACUCGGUCGAGAAGAGUGCUAUGAUAUGCGGCCUUGGCUCUAACAGCGUCUGGCCUGUUCCUGUCGAUGAGGCCGGAUGCAUGAAGCCUGAUGCCUUGAGGGAGCUGGUCCUCCGUGCCAAGGCUGAGGGCAAAACGCCCUUGUAUGUGAACUCCACAGCAGGAACAACUGUCAUGGGCUCAUAUGAGCCUUUCGUGGAGAUCUCCAAGAUCUGUAAGGAAUUUGGCCUAUGGAUGCAUAUCGAUGCCAGCUGGGGUGGCCCUGCAAUCUUUUCGUCAAAGCACAAGCACAAGCUUAACGGCGUUGAGCUGGCCGACUCCCUGACGGUGAACCCACAUAAGAUGAUGAACGUCCCCGUCACCUGCUCAUUCCUCCUCGGCCCUGACAUGAGCAUAUUCAACAAGGCCAACAGCACCGCUGCCGGGUACUUGUUCCACACCAACGAAGGCGAUGAUUUCUGGGAUCUUGCCGACUUGACACUUCAGUGCGGCCGCCGCGGCGACAGUCUCAAGCUUGCUCUGGCAUGGAUCUACUACGGCGCGGCAGGCUUUGAGAAGCAGAUUGACCACGCCUUCGAUCAGGCUGCGUACCUGGCCAACCUCGUCAAGCAGAGCGACAAUUUUGUCCUUGUGUCACAGGAUCCUCCUCCUUGCCUCCAGAUCUGCUUCUACUACGCGCCUGGCAGGGAGUUAUCUGACGAUAAAGAGGAGAACACACUCCGAACUAAGACGAUGGUCGAGAAGAUGAUUCUUCGAGGAUACAUGGUUGAUUAUGCCCCAGGACCCAAGGGCAGUUUCUUCCGCGUUGUGGUAAACUGCCAAACUCUACCGGGAACUGUUGAGGGCCUUGUCAAGGGCCUUGAAGAAGUUGGACGAGAAUAG